AUGUCCAAGCCUUUCGUCGCCGUGGCUGGAGCCACAGGCCAGCUGGGUCGAGUCAUCGCAACGAACCUGCGACAACGUAACGUCUCCGUCAAAGCCAUCGUCCGGCCCGGCACAGCUCCCUCACGCACCGAGGCCCUGCGGAACGCGGGCGUCAUCGUGGCAGAAGCAGACCUCAGCGACGUAGCCGCCCUGACGAAGAACAUGCAGGGCGCAACAUGCGUGGUGUCGGCACUGAACGGCCUGCAGGAUACCAUGCACGGCACACAAGGCGCGCUGCUGGACGCCGCCGUCGCCGCCCACGUCCCUCGCUUUAUCCCUUCCGACUUCUCUCUCGACUUCACCAAGACGGCGCCCGGCUCUAACCGCAAUCUCGACCUGCGCAGGGAAUUCCACACACGACUAAACGAGUCCGGCAUCCAGUGGACGUCGGUACUGAACGGUGGUUUUAUGGACCUGUUGGGCGGCCAGGCGCCCCUCAUCAACGACAGCUUCAAGCGCGUCCUGUACUGGAAUAGCGAUGAGCAGAAGCUGGACUUCACCACGGUCGCGGACACGGCUGCCUACACGGCCGCCGUCGCUGCGGAUCCGAACCCCACGCCGCGCUUCCUACGCAUCGCUGGAGACACUUUCACCGCGAAAGAGCUUGCUGAAAUUGUGACCCGCGUGCGCGGUGCGACGUACUCGACGAUGUGGGUGGGGAGUGCUGGGUUCUUGGAGGGCGCGUCAAGCUUCAUGAGGCGCUUCUCCAUCGGUGGAGGCGAGCAGGCCGUCUUCCCGGCGUGGCAGGGCAUGCAAUAUAUGGCGAACAUGUUCUCAGGAGAUGGGAAACUAGACCCCUUGGAUAAUGACAGAUACCCUGGGUUGAAAUGGACUAAGGCCGAGGAAUUCCUGGCCCAGCAACAAGCUUCAUAA